AGAAUUGGAAGUCUAAAAAUUCUACGAGAUCGUCGCCCGUGAUGAGUUCAAUCGAAACACGUAAACAAACACACACAGCUCCAAUGUGUGCGGUUUCCGCCACACUUUUUAAAUGCUUUGCUCCAAAUCUUCCCUCCACUCUCCUUCCAAUGUAAGUAGCAAACCAAACAAUUCCCUCUCUCUCUCUCUGGUUUUCUCCGAAUCAUCCAUUUUUUCGAAGGAAAUAGGGUUUGUUAAUCGUUAAUGGUCUACCAGGAAGAGGUUUCGAGUAAGUCAUGACGAAGAAGAGGCCUGCGUUCACAGUUCGUUACAUCUUCUGGGUGGGAUCGAAGCUCGUGAUUUCUCUCUCGCUUGUGCUCUGUUUCUUUGUUCUUCUUAACCUUGAUUCGCAAUCGAUGCAACCGUUCUCGAUAACUCAUGCUCUUAGAUCUCGUAACUUGGAUGAGCAAUUCUCUGGAACUUCGAAGAUCGCUUUCUUAUUCCUUGUGCGAAGGGACCUCCCCCUCGAUUUUAUUUGGGAAACUUUCUUUCAGAAUGCAGAUGCGGCGAACUUCUCAAUUUAUAUUCAUUCAGAGCCUGGUUUGGUUUUUGAUGAAUCGACGACGGGAUCACCUUUCUUUUACGGUCGACAGCUGAACGAGAGCGUUAAGGUAAUGUGGGGAGAGUCGAGUAUGAUCGAGGCAGAGAGGUUAUUGAUCGGAGCAGCUCUUAAAGACCCUGCAAAUCAGAGAUUUAUUCUCCUCUCCGAUAGUUGUGUACCUUUGUACAACUUCAGCUACAUAUACAAUUAUGUGAUGUCUUCGCCAAGGAGUUUCAUGGACAGCUUUCAUGACACAAAGGAACUUGACACGAAGGAAGGUCGUUACAAUCCAAAGAUGUCACCUGUAAUACCAAGGGAUAAAUGGCGAAAAGGAUCUCAGUGGAUUACAUUAGUUCGGGAAGAUGCAAGGGUUGUGGUAGAUGAUGAUAUUAUCUUUCCAGUCUUCAAGAGAUUCUGCAAGCGAAGGCCACCCAUAGACACCAGAAAGGGAAAGCAGAAUCUUAAUUUGCAGAAACAGCAUAAUUGUAUCCCAGACGAACACUAUGUACAGACAUUACUGUCAAUUUGUGAGCUUGAAGGUGAACUUGAAAGGAGAACAUUAACCUACACCUUAUGGAACCAGUCCACAACAAACAUGGAAGGGAAAGCUUGGCAUCCUGUAACAUUUAACUACGCAAACGCAGGCCCUCAACAAAUAAAAAAAAUAAAGGAAAUCAAUCAUGUGUACUAUGAGAAUGAUUACCGAACAGAAUGGUGUCGUACCAAUUCUACAUUUGUCCCCUGCUUCCUGUUCGCGAGGAAGUUUUCACCUGGUGCUGCUAUGCACCUUUUGAACCAGGGAGUGGUGGGUUACUUUGAUGCUACUGCAGUGCUAGACGUGCCAUUGUGAUUGUCCUUGGUGCACUAAUGCUCAUCUUUUAACAAUAGGCCUGACCCUUCUUCAUAUGUAGUCUAUUGCAGAGUCUCUAAUUUGUAGUGAGGCACCCAUCAGAGGUUUACAUGAAUUUUACAUUAUAUGAUGUAUACAGAACAGUUUUUGACACUGCUCAUAAAAA